AUGUAUGAUAUUAUCGAGACAGAGUUGUCACAGAUGUCCAAGGGGCUUUCCAUUAUGGGAGGCUUCGUGGUCAUCUAUGGUCUCAUUAGUUUUUUUGUCAAAGAGCGCAUGUACCUCUCAGAGCCGUUGCUGGCUGUGACUGUGGGUAUUGUGAUCGGCCCACACGUCCUGAACUGGGUGGACCCGUAUUCAUGGGCCGAUGAUACUAUUAUCAAUGAAAUUACCUAUGAAAUAUCACGACUUGUUAUUGCUGUGCAAGUCCUUUUCACCGGUAUUGCAUUGCCGGAAAAGUACUUGCGUAGCGAAUGGAGAAGCUUGUCGAUGCUCCUUCUCGUCAUUAUGACGAUAGCAUGGUUCAUUACGGCUUUACUGAUUUGGGGUCUCGUAAAAAAUGUGACGUUCCUCGAGGCGCUAUGCAUUUCAUCGGCCGUGACGCCCACUGAUCCCGUGCUAGCCAACUCGAUCACAUCUGGCCAGUAUGCUGAGGAACAUGUCCCCGAAAAUGUGCGCCACAUUAUCCUCGCAGAGAGUGGUGCGAACGACGGACUGGGCUUUCCUUUUAUGUUCCUAGCUGUGGUUCUGCUUGUCCGAACCGGUAUGGACAAGGGCACCUCUGUCGGUGAAGAAAUCUGGCGCUGGUUUUACGGUGUGAUUGUGUAUGAUAUUUUUCUGUCGAUUGCAUAUGGCAUUGUGGUCGGCUAUAUCGCACGAAAAUCACUGCGCUGGGCUGCUGAGCACAAGCUCAUUGACAUGUCGAACUUUUUCGGUUAUGGCUUCGGCCUAGCCUUGUUCACUGUCGGCACGGCAGGUCUGUUUGGCACUGAUGACAUUUUGGCGUGCUUUGUUGUUGGGAACGUUUUCACGUGGGAUGACUGGUUCCGUUUGCGCCAAGAAGAAACAGACUUUCAGGAAAUUAUCGAUAUGCUCCUUAACGUGGCCAUUUUCAUGUACAUCGGGAUGAUUAUUCCUUGGCAAGAUUACAGCAACGAGGAUAUUGGCUUAUCAGGGUGGCGUAUGGUGUUACUUGGCAUUACUGUAAUUCUGCUCCGUCGACCUCCUUGGGUGAUUGCGCUCCAAAAGUUCAUUCCAGCGCUUAAAUCAUGGCAGCAAGGCUUUUUCGCUGGUUGGUUUGGCCCGAUUGGCGUGGGUGCAGUGUAUUAUAUCGAAGUGGCCAUUCGCUCGGUGCCGCACGAUCACACGCGUGACCACUUGCGCCGAAUUACGAAGCCUGUCGUUCUCUUCUGCGUGUUUUCGUCUGUUCUUAUGCAUGGUGUGACGAUUCCCAUCACGUACUUUGGUCCUCGUGUCAUGCGGCACUCAUACUCAAUCAAGUUUUUCCCGCGCAAUAAUGAUCCUUUCCGUCCUCGACACUUGCUGUCGCGCCUGAUGACUUGGGAAGCGCCUACACAGGCAGAGGACCAAGAGCAGCAAGACUCUCCGGCAAAAGCCGAAAGUCCUGUUGCGUCGCCCGUAAUGCCUCUUCAUCAUGGACACGUUCCCUUCUCGCGCCAGGUGGACGGUCAGGACCCUCCAGACAAGAUUAUCGCCCACGGCGGGCAUAUAGCACACAUGCGCUCGGAUCAUGGAAACCAUGACUCUUCAGCGGUCCAUUCCCACAUUUCCAAACCGGCGCCUGCGAUUGUCAUGUAA